AAUAGCUGGCGGGGAGCUGUGAGUUGUUGUGAAACGCAGAUAUGGAAGAAAAUCACUUGAAGUCCAGACUGAAGCGAAAGAAGUCAACGGUCGAAGCUUCCGGGGGAGCACCGAAGAGGAGCCCGACAACGUCCAGCAACAACCCGGCAAAGAGCGGUGGGCCGACGCUUCCUGCAGGAGCGUGGUGGAACAGACAGCAGCUGCUUGCUGUGGAGAGCCUGUGGGCAUUCACGCUCCAGGCUACUCUGCCAUGCCUGGAGGAGCAGCUCUGGGACCAGGUUCCUGAUCUUCCACAUGCAUCUGCAGCGAGACCUGCGGGACUUUGGGUGGAGGAACAGGGGUGGUGCGACCUCAGCAGUGAGGUUUCUACCUUCCCUGAACCGUCUCAUCUUUCUCUGAGACCGUCACAGAUCCCAGAUCCUGUCGGGCUCAGCUCCUCCCCGGAGGACCCCACAGCACACACCAGCACGGUGCCAGAGCCACCUGUCAGAGGCCCGUGCUCCCACAGCAUGGAGAGCUCCACUCACUCUCCUCAAACCCUCAGCAAAACACGGCGGCCGUCCCUGCACAGCUGGGUGGAGGCGCUGCCAUCACCAGGAUUUUCCAGUGCUGGGAAGGAGGAGGGGAGGAAAGCGACUGGACCAGUCAGUAGGAAGCUUCCAACAUACUGGGUGAAGGUAUCUGACAGAGUUCCUCUGCAGAAUGAGGUCGAAGCUAAAAAGGAAGAGGAGGUGCAGGGGUGCGGCAAAAAAGAUGGAGGAAGAGGAGCAGAUGGAGGAGCAGGGGGAGGACUGCAGAGUUGUCCCAUGUGUCUCCAAGUGUUCCCUGCUGGGUUCACCCAGAUGGACUGCGAUGGUCACCUGGCCCACUGUCUGUCUGAAAUGAAUGUGGACAUGACCUGGUAAGCUGAAUCGAUGCCGACGGUCUACAAGGCGCCCGGUUGCUGCUCCGGGGUCGUAUCGCACGGAGGACGACGGUGCAGACAGCAGCCUGUGCAGAGAACUCUGCUGACUGAGCUGCAGUGAGAUGAGGAAACUUCUUCGGUGCACGAGCACACCAUGUUUUCAUGGCUGAUUAGUCGUACUGAGUGUACACUUUACUUUAAAACUCAGUAACAGACACUGUAACCUGUGUGUCUUUUUUUUCUUGUAAAAGUAACUGUAAUCUUUAUUAGCUUUGAGUUCAAGAUGAUCCGGUCGGCUUCAUUCAUGACGGCACUGCAGUGCACGUACACCCACACAAGUAGAGCUGUGCUCGCAAGGUCACCCACCCUGGUAUACUCUGCAGCUAUCUAAUGCAGUUCUACAAUGUCACGUUCUUCAUUUCUCUGCAUUGAUGGUGUGACUGCAGUGUAACACAUGAGCCUGACUAUUCUCAUUCAGUCCUGAUUCUUGCUGCCUGGAUUUCCAGCUGCUGUAUCUAUAGUCCCAGGGAGCAGGUGCAAGCAGUGCUUUUACUGGACAAAUGUACAUGAUGUAUGAUCCUUACUGCUCUUUUUGCAUUGUGCAUAUGUUUUGUGGGGAACAUCCAGAGUUCACCACAAUAAUAUAAAUAUGGCAGUAACAGUG